AGAGGGUGCCACAGUAGCUUACAGCUCCUCGUACCCCAAGGAGAGAAGUCCCUCGCGCGCUUCUUCGCUUUGCCCCCGCAGGAUGGAGUCCAAAGACGGAGGUGGCCCGCUAUUUUGAUCCCCCCCGGCGACGGUGACAGUCUGCGAACGAGGCCUACGAAUAGUCCCAUCCACGAUAAAGAAAAAAACCCCGUGAUUCGUGUUACGAUGUGCUAAGGAUUAGGCGUGCGAUAGCAGCAAGAAAAAAGCAGAAAAAGCGUUCACUACGACAAACGAAAUGGCGAACACGGCUCAUCUCGUCAGACGUCAGAGCUCCAGAGAUUUAAAACCCCAGAAAAGUGUCGAUCGCCUCGAGAUGAAAGAAAUGCGCGGCAGACUCGUCGUCGAAAGUCGCAAAAAUACAUCUUCCGUUAACUAUGGGGCAACUAACGCGGGCUUCGACGACUCCAGUCCUAAUACAAAGAACAAACCUGUGAGCGGGGUGGCAAGCGAAGUUGGGGGCAGCAAACUCGGAAGUAACGAGGGUAAAGGAAUAUUUCGGCCGGAGGCCGGUGAGGAUGAGCGCGAGAAUUGGGACAGCAAACUCACGUUCUUACUUGCGACAGUCGGGUAUGCAGUCGGUCUUGGUAAUGUUUGGAGAUUUCCUUAUCUCGCACAAAAGAACGGAGGUGGAGCUUUUCUUAUUCCGUAUUUCGUGAUGCUCGCGAUCGAGGGAAUACCGAUAUUUUAUUUGGAACUUGCCAUCGGUCAAAGAUUGCGGAAAGGUGCGAUCGGCGUCUGGAAUCAAGUGUCACCUUAUUUGGGCGGGAUUGGAAUAAGCAGCGCAGUAGUGUCCUUCAACGUAGCUCUGUAUUACAACACCAUCAUCGCUUGGUGUCUAUUUUACUUCGUUCAGAGCUUCCAGUCACAGUUGCCGUGGGCAGAAUGUCCGAACAAAUAUUUCCAGAACGGCUCGUACGCGCCAGAACCCGAAUGUGUGGAAAGCAGCCCGACGCAGUACUUUUGGUAUCGGACGACCUUAAUGAUUUCAAAGGACAUCAACACUCCAGAAGUAUUCAACUGGAAAAUUGCUCUGGCACUCGUGAUAGCAUGGAUCCUCGUUUACAUGUGUAUGAUAAAGGGAAUAGCGUCUUCCGGGAAGGUUGUCUACGUUACGGCAACGUUUCCUUAUCUCGUUUUGAUCAUCUUCUUCUUUCGAGGUGUGACACUACCAGGAAUGUCGGACGGUUUACGCCAUUUGUUCACUCCGAAGUGGCAUACAUUAACGGAUCCCGUUGUUUGGCUCGAAGCAGGCACACAAAUAUUCUUCUCGCUAGGACUCGCUUUUGGAGGCCUCAUUGCCUUUUCGUCCUACAAUCCUGUGAAUAAUAAUUGCUAUCGUGACGCCAUCAUGGUCAGCUUGACGAAUUGUUUCACCUCGAUGUUCGCUGGAAUUGUUGUGUUCUCCAUUAUCGGUUUUAAAGCCACCAUGGUCUAUGAAAAAUGUCUCGAGGAUAGAAACGCAACAUUGCUCGCAAUAUUCGGUCACGAGGACAAAAUCCCACUCGAGUUACCACCAGCUGGAGCACUCUUGAACUUCACCAACGGUAACGAGAGCUUGGAUAAUUUAAUCAUGCCAGAAAUGCCAGAGUGCGAUCUCGAAAAAGAACUUGACAACUCAGCCUCAGGAACUGGACUGGCCUUCAUCAUUUUUACAGAAGCUAUUAACCAAUUUCCUGGAGCACAAUUCUGGUCGGUCCUCUUCUUUCUCAUGCUUUUCACCCUCGGAAUCGAUUCACAGUUUGGUACCCUUGAAGGUGUCGUCACAAGUAUCGUCGAUAUGAAGCUAUUUCCAAAUUUACGAAAGGAAAUUCUCACAGGAGUAAUUUGCCUCGUUUGCUGCACAAUCUCCAUGACGUUUGCCCACGGGGCUGGCAGUUACGUGUUCGUUUUAUUCGACAAUUUCAGUGGCAACUUUCCACUGUUGAUAAUAGCUUUUUUCGAAUGCAUCGGAGUUUCAUACGUCUAUGGUUUAAAACGAUUCGCCGACGAUAUCGAAUUGAUGACUGGCAAUCGUCCCGGUUUGUAUUGGCUCAUAUGCUGGAAAUAUCUCAGCCCAUUGGCGAUGCUCAGUAUACUCGUUGCUUCGUUCUUCGAGAUCGUUCUCGAAGGAAGCGGAUAUCAGGCCUGGGUAUCGAGCAAAGGAGUCACUGAGAAACACGAAUGGCCUGUCUGGGCUAUUGUUCUCAUAGCCAUACUCAUUCUCGCCUCAGUCCUAUGGAUACCGGCUGUCGCUAUACUUAGAUAUUAUGGAAUUCCAGUGAUCGACGACAACGAGAAAGCCUGGUUUCCAGCAACGGAUCUCAAGGAGUUUCACGGUAUAGUGCCUCACGAAGUAACAACCGCAGAAACAUUAUUAUUUUGCAUAAGAAGCGAUGGUACCGAAGGUUUUUGUUGUCCUACGGGAGGUCCGAGCGAUGACGAUGACGAUCUCACCUAGAAAUACGUUGGUAAAUCUAGUUUAUUGACACCAGAUUAGGGGAAGGCCGAAUUUUUCCAACGAUUCUCUUAAUUCCACAGGAGCUUCCUUCUAUCAAUGGUAAAGUAUGAUUUUUUUCUAAAUAUAUGGUCGUCACCGUGCAAACUUGAAUUAUCUGACAAUUAAGGAGAUCGAUUCUUGCUCAGUAAUAUUUACGUUCGACAGAUCUAUAUUUGCGAUUAAUUUCGUCUGAUAGUAUAUUACACACCUAAUAGGGCAGGAAAAUAAGGAAAGUCAAAAUAAGGAAAGUGUUUGUCAGCCUCGGCUUCGCCUCGGCCGACAAUUACAUGUGGUCUGAGGCUUUACUUUUUCCUG